GCGAUGUUGUUUCAGAACAAUUUCUGAUGGAUUUUUUAUUUUUUAUUUUUCUGGGCAGGAAUCUGACACAUAGGCAGCGGACACUACUCGAAGAGUUUGUGAAAGAGGAGCAGCAGGGAGGAUAUGAUAAGGUCACUACCGCUGCUGGGGCAUCCAGCUCUUGUUUAGAAUGGAGAUACACAUAUUCGUUACUUGAGGAUGCUGGAUUGGAGACAUGGGCUGUGGAUAUUCUUGGAUGGGACUUUUCUGAUUUAGAUCUCACUGAAAGGUUGCUUCUUGAGGAGCGAGAUCCCAUGCUGAGUUUAUGUUUCCCUUGCACUGGAGCUAACAGGACAAGGGGCAGUUAA